CAGCUCGGGCUACGGCGGCCGGCAGGGGGCGGUGGCGGCCGUUACUCGGGGUUCGGAGGCGGGGCCGCGGGGGUCGGGCGCUGAGAGGCCGAGGGCCCGCGGCUGGGCCACGGCGGAGGAGCGGGCCGAGGCCAUGGGCGACCGCGGCGGCGCGGGCGGCUCCCGGCGCCGGAGGACCGGCUCCAGGCCCUCGGGCCAGGGCGGCGGCGGGCCCGGGGCGGCGGAAGAGGCGGUUCGGGACGGGGCCGCGGGCCCGGACGUGGGCGCCGCGGGGGACGCGCCGGCCCCGGGGUCUGCCCGGGACAAGGACGGAGGCGCUACCGAGGGCGGCGGCCACGCGGAUCUGAGAUGCCAUCGCCUGCAGGAUUCCUUGUUCAGCUCAGAUAGUGGCUUCAGCAACUACCGUGGCAUCCUGAAUUGGUGUGUGGUGAUGCUGAUCCUGAGCAAUGCACGGUUGUUUUUGGAGAACCUUAUCAAGUACGGCAUCCUGGUGGACCCCAUCCAGGUGGUGUCUCUGUUUCUAAAGGACCCCUACAACUGGCCUGCUCCAUGCCUGGUUAUUGUGGCCAACGUCUUUGCUGUGGCUGCAUUCCAGAUUGAGAAGCGCCUGGCAGUGGGUGCCCUGACAGAGCAGGUGGGGCUGCUGCUGCAUGUGGCCAACCUGGCCACCGUCAUCUGCUUCCCAGCAGCGGUGGCUUUGCUGGUAGAGUCCAUCACUCCAGUGGGCUCCGUGUUGGCUCUGGCGUCGUACUCCAUCCUCUUCCUCAAGCUCUUCUCCUACCGGGAUGUCAACCUGUGGUGCCGUCAGCACAGGGCCAAGGCUAAGGCUGCCUCUGCAGUGAAGAAGGCCAAUGGGACUGCCACACAGAGCGCUGUGAGCUACCCAGACAACCUGACCUACCGGGAUCUCUACUACUUCAUUUUUGCCCCAACUCUGUGUUAUGAACUCAACUUUCCCCGCUCCCCCCGAAUCCGAAAGCGGUUUCUGCUGCGGCGGGUCCUUGAGAUGCUGUUCUUCAUCCAGCUCCAGGUGGGGCUGAUACAGCAGUGGAUGGUGCCUACCAUCCAGAACUCCAUGAAGACCUUCAAGGACAUGGAGUACUCGCGCAUCAUAGAGCGCCUCCUCAAGCUGGCGGUCCCCAACCACCUCAUCUGGCUCAUCUUCUUCUACUGGCUCUUCCAUUCCUGCCUGAAUGCGGUGGCGGAGCUUAUGCAGUUUGGAGACCGGGAGUUCUACAGGGACUGGUGGAAUUCUGAGUCUGUCACCUACUUCUGGCAGAACUGGAACAUCCCAGUACAUAAGUGGUGCAGCAGACACUUCUACAAGCCUCUGCUCCGACGGGGCAGCAGCAAGUGGCUGGCCAGGGCAGGGGUAUUCAUGGCUUCGGCCUUCUUCCACGAGUACCUGGUCAGCAUCCCUCUGCGCAUGUUCCGCCUCUGGGCAUUCACCGCCAUGAUGGCUCAGGUCCCACUGGCCUGGCUUGUGGGCAACUUCUUUCAGGGCAACUACGGCAACGCGGCUGUGUGGCUGACGCUCAUCAUCGGGCAGCCGGUGGCCGUGCUCAUGUAUGUCCACGACUAUUACGUGCUCCACUGCGAGGCCCCCGUGGCGGGAGCCUGAACCUGCGCAGGGCACCUCGGCCCGGAGCGCUGAGGCCUGCUCCCGCCUCAGGAGGCCUUCCGCCCCUACAGGUGCCCUGCUGUUCUCCUUAGGGGUGGUGACACCGCACCAGCUGGCGGGAGCCAGCGCUGAGUCUGUGCUGUCCAGGGACCAAGGGUGUCAAUAAAGUGCUGUCCAAGGUGACCUCCCUCAGCCUGGUGGGGUGGGGGGAUCAGUGGGUGUCGGCCCAUCCCACCCUGGCUAGUGGCAGUGCUGUGGGUAGCCGUCCCACAGGCUGGAAGCCCGGACAUGCUCAAGAUUCUUGGCCAA